AAUGACAUGUAAAUGAGUGGCAGGGUGUUCUGCAGCUUAGCCGUAAAUAUAAAACAAUAGCUGAAAAUCAACCAUAAAAAAUUGUAGUGUGUAUAACACAUUUGUCAGUUGCGACAAAUCCCACUUUUGUAAGCUUAGCCAGGGACAUUCGUGGGAUCCAUGACACAUUUUAAGCCGAAAAAUUAAGCAGCGAAGAACAGACAUUGAAACAUUACAAAUUAACACUUCCAGUUACUUUAAGUUGAUCCGGCAGAGCAAACCAAUCAUCAAAACUGUCUGGAUAUGUAACAGAGAAAGAGAAAGAUGCUGAUGAGAGAAACACCUCCUGCUCCACACUCGUCACUCGACCAUAGUCAGGCAAAUAUUUAUUUUCUUUCCGGAACGCCUGGUAGGUUUUCAACAAAACAAGAUAUGGCGAGCUCAGAGAGGAGAUAUUUUGCGAACAGAUUUCAGGAUCGUGACGGACAAACAAUUUUGCAGUAUUCUGAAGGCAAGAUUAGUGACCCUCUUUACUCAAGGAUAAGAAGUGAAGCUCACAAAUUGUUGAAAAAAUGCGAGGAAGGUUUUGAGCGCAGCAAAGAUGAUCGUGAUUGUUCUGUCUACACAGGUACUGCAGGUAUGGCCCUUCUGUACAUGCAUUUAUCAAACACUCUUUUCAAGGAAGAUGAUAAUGGAAAGCAGGGAUGUUUAAAGAGUGCUUUGAAAAUCCUUGAACAUAGCCAGGAUAGUCUAAGAGGGAAGAGGGUAACAUUUAUUUGUGGAGAUUCUGGUGUCCUCUCCAUGCUUGCUGUUCUCUACUCAAAGAUGGGUCUGAAAGAUAAGAGUGAGGAAUGUCUCUCCAAGCUGUUAAGUCUGUCAGAUAAUGUGUGCAGAGAUCCUUUACUUCCUGACGAGGUGCUUUAUGGUCGAGCAGGGUACUUAUUUUCAUUGCUGUUUGUGCAACAGCACUUAGGAGAUGAGAAGAUUAAUGCCAAUGUAAUUAACCAGGUCUGUCAAGCUAUUUUAGAUUCUGGUGAAAGGCUUGCAAAGCAGGAGAGAAGUAGGUCACCCUUAAUGUACACAUGGCAUGACAAACAUUAUGUUGGUGCAGCACAUGGUAUUGUUGGAAUCCUGUUCAUGUUACUUCAGACUCUGUCAACCCAGUCAGUAAAGGCUAACUUGGGAAACAUUGAGAGCUGUGUUGAGUUUCUUGUGUCAGAGCAGUUUUCUUCUGGUAACUUUCCCUCAUCACUGGAGAAUGACACUGAUAAGCUCAUCCACUGGUGCCAUGGAGCUCCUGGUGCAGUCCACCUUAUGGUCAAAGCAUACCAGGUCUUUGGAAAAGACAAGUACUUGAGUGCAGCUGUUAAGUGUGGAGAUGUGAUUUGGAGGCGAGGUUUACUAAAGAAAGGCUAUGGCAUAUGCCAUGGUGUGGCAGGGAAUGCUUAUGCCUUUUUGUGUUUAUACAAGCAGACUGGAGAUUCUAAGUACCUACAUCGUGCCCUGAAGUUUGCUGAAUGGUGUUUUGAUUAUGGCAAACAUGGUUGUAGAAGUCCAGACCGUCCAUACUCAUUGUUUGAGGGGAUGGCUGGUACAGUUUAUUUCCUAGCUGAUAUACUGGAACCUCACUCGUCAAAGUUCCCAGCAUUUGAGUGAGGCAAAAUUACUUUGUUGCUACUCUUAAGAGUGAAAGGAUUGAUUUUCCAUUAGAUACACAAAACCCCUUACUGAGGAGACAACAUUGUGAGUCUCGGACACAGAUAGAUAAUUGGUAAUGAUCUAUCUUGUGCAAAGUGUAUUUGUACUAUUUUCCCAUUUAAUGGAAUUAGUGUUAAUUAAGAAAUGUAAAUGUUAGAGGUAAAUUAUUCACCUUUAGUUUAUGUACUUCAAUUCAUGGGUGAGCAUUUUCAAAUAAA